AAGAACACACAAAAAAAUAAAUAUAAAUAAAAUCUGUGUAUUUUUUUGUUGACUAACUACUUGGUUGAUUGAGUACAUAGUUGUUGAAGAACAUUGAACAAGUACCAUUUGAUUAUAAUAUAGAUUUGUGUUGAUUAUUAACUCAAAAAAUAUAAAACACUCAAUCGAAAAAAAAAAUCUGUUGAUAUCUUAAAUAAAAAUGGCAACAAAAAGUAAUGAUGAAGAUACACUUGAGUGUUUUUUGUAUCCAAAAUAUUGUUAUACAAGUCCAGAUACAAUUGAUGAAAAAAUAUUAAAUGAUGAAAUAAUAAAAUUCAACAAGGUAAUUGAAGUUUAUACUAAAAAUUAUUUAUGGCAUCGAGAUAGUUUAAUAUUUCAUCCACGUACAAAACAUGCACAGCUAUUAGAAAAAGUUGUACAUGAUGGUGUUGUUGCUGAUGAUACAUCAAUUGUUCCACAUGUUUAUAUUAAUCUUCGUUAUGAUGAGGAUAUUGGUGAUGAAUGGUUUAUUGUAUUUUUAAUAUUUAAAUUAACCGAAGCAAUUGAUGGUCUUGCUGCAAGAGUUAUUGAUUCUGAUGGUGAAUUUUUAUUAAUUGAAGCUGCUGAUCAUUUACCAAGUUGGGCAAAUCCAGAAACAUGUCAUGAACGUGUUUACAUAUUAAAAGGAUCAAUUCAUAUUGUUAAUGAUAAAAAAUUAUCAUCAUUAGAAAGAUUACGUCGUCUUCAUGAAAAAUCAUAUAAUUAUUGUUUAUCAGAUACAGCACAAAGUAUUGCUAAAAAAAAGUUAUCAUUAUAUCCAGAUGAAUUGAUAAAACGUAAACACAAAGCAAGAGCAUAUUUACCAGAAAAAGCAGCUUUAAUAUUACAACAAAAACCAGAUUUAAUAUCAUCAAUAAUAAGAACAACUGUACAUUCAGAUCCAUUGGAAAGAAAAGUAUGUCGUGCUAUGAGAUAUUUUCCACCAGAACAAAGAAAAAUGAUUAAUAUUAAUAUGACAAAAUGUCUUUAUGCAAUGGCAAGUAGUUGUAAAUAUACUGGUGAUCCAAGAACUGGUUGGAAUUGUCCAACAACAAAUAAUCCACAAUAUAAUUCUCAUGUAUUAGGAAUUAAAAUAGCAUGUGGUCUUGAAAUGCUUAUUGCUAAAGCAAAUAGUUAUAAUAAUCAUAAAAAUGGUUGUGAAAAAAAUAAUGAUGGUAUUGAUGAUGAUAAAUGGAAAUUAUAUUUAAAUAGGCUACAAGUUAGUGGUUAUUUUAAAGGUUUAUUAGAAGGUAGCCAACAAAGACAAAGACUUGUUGAUGCAGCUAGAGAUUAUUUAAUUAAAAAACCACUUGAAAUUGCAUAUCAAAAAAAUAAUGAUGAUAAUGAUACUGCUAAUGAAAUAUUGAAUAUAUGGAAAAAUAUUAAUACUGAAGAUUUUGAAAUACAAUCAACAGAUGAAGUAUCAUUGAGUCCACCAGAUGAUGAUAGUUGGAUUAACGUUGAUGCUGCACAAUUGGAAUUGAUGCUUGGACAACAUUGGGGUAAUAUUAAUGAUAAAAAAAAUCAACAACAACAACCACAGCAACAGCAAGAAGAAUCAUCAAGUAUUAAAGAUAAAUUAAAUGCAUUUUUAAAUCGUACAAGUGACAUUGAUGGUGUUGAAUAUAAUAAUGAUAAUACAAAAGAUGAUGAUGAUGGUAAAAGAAUUGAUUUUGAUGCUGAUGAAUUUGAUAGUGCAUUACGUGGUAUAUUAGAUUUUACUGUACCUGGUAAUGAUGGUGAAUUUGAUGGUAGCUCAGAGGGUUCAUUGGGUGGUGAUGAUGAUGAAAGAUAUGAUGAAAUUGAUAAAUUACUACAUUUAGAAUUACAAAUGAAACUUGAUAAAGAUAGUAAUAAUACAAAUACAAUUGAAAAAAAUUUAAUGGAAAGUAUUGAAGAAGAAGCUGGUGGUGCUGGUCCAGUUGGUAAUAUACUUGGUGGUCCUGUUAGAAAAUUUAUGCAUUUAAAACUUAAAUCACCAACAAGUGUUCCACCUGAUUUACAAAGUUAAUAUAUUUUUAAAAAUAAAUAUUGCCAUUAUUGCUACAUCACGCAACAAUUAAUUUAAAUAAUAUUUUUUUAUACUUAAACAAACAAAAAAAAACAAUGUAAUAACAUUAUUUGACACACACAUUUUAUAAUAUAUUUUAAUCAAUCACUUUGCUGCUCACAUGUAUUUAAUAAUUAAAAUACACAAAUUAAAUAACAAUCAAAUUAAUAUUAAGGAUAUAUAUUUCAUGAUUAUUUUUAUUUC